GAAGACAAAUCUUUGCGUUCCAAAACGACGAAAAGCUCCAUGAGGACGAAGCUUUGGAUGAGGAACAGGAGCAACUCCGCCCCUACUCACUUGUUCUCGUACAACCAUCUUUUUGAAAAUGAAGUCUGUUUUUGGAAUCGCUCUUCUUGCCGCAUCGGCCUCCGCCUUUGCUCCUCAACAAAGCACUCCCUCCAAGAGUGCUUUGUCCAUGUCCUUCGAGUCUGAACUUGGAGCCCAAAAGCCCCUUGGAUUCUGGGAUCCUUUGAAUGUCUGUGAUGGCAUUGACCAAGAGCGAUUCGACCGCCUUCGUUAUGUUGAGAUCAAGCACGGCCGCAUUGCCCAGUUGGCCAUUGUUGGACACAUGGUAACAACUGCUGGAUUCCGCUUCGGAGCCUAUGAAGACAUCACCGCCAACGGAUACGGUGCUCUUCAGCAGCUUUCCUCUGAACGUUUCUGGGAGAUCAUUGGAACUGUUGGAAUCUUGGAAUUCUUCAUCAUGAAGGACAACGGUGCUGGCGAGUUCCCAGGAGAUUUGCGAAAUGGUCUCUUCGCGUGGAAGGGAACCGACGAGGAACUUAUGCAAAAGCGUGCUAUUGAGUUGAACAAUGGACGUGCUGCACAAAUGGGAAUCCUUGGACUUAUGAUGCACGAACAGCUUGGAAUUGACCCAUAUGUUACCAAUGCUUUCCUUGGAUACUCCUCUGGAUUCAGCAGCUAAGCUACCGUUCUUUUUCUGAAUCUAUUAUGAACAUAGACCAACAUUUUCAGACUUUCGUCGUGUUGUCUGGAAGAAUUUGAGAACUUAUUAUUUGCGACCGAUAGCGCGAAGCUUUGCACUGGCACUCGUAUAGUAGAACUAGACAGGAGGUAAUUAUAGAAUUGUGUUAUGCCGGUAGCAAUCUACUAAGUCAAGCUUUUGUCGCCAUUAUGCUCGACCAAAGAAGCGAUCUCACAUCCGGCCCAUACAAAUGUGCGUCUGUCCUGCCAUACCUUUCCGACAACAAAUGGAAAAAUACACCGAGGUCACUUCACUGCUGGGAGGGAAACAUGGGGCAUUGUCUACUUCUGCUUCAAUCAUUCAAUUUGUGAUCUUAACCUAAAUGAUGUUGCCAUGUUAGUUUCCAUCAACAUGAGACCGGGCAGCCAUUGUCGCCUAGCCACUGGAUCAGUUCGGUGUUGUUUUGAGUUCAGCUUCUCCUGGCAGCUUCAUAUGUCUGUUCUUCCCAUGGACAACCAUUUUCCCACAACAAAGCCUCCCAAUGUCCAUUUGAAGCAGCUUGAUAUGUCUGUUCAUCCCAUGGACAACCAUUUUCUCGAGCCCAC